UAACUUGUCUUUGGUUAGCCAUCGACGGAUUUCAGAGUGACAGUUCUUGGUCAAGCUAAUUUCCGAAGGAAAUCUUAAAAAAUGGCAAAAAGGAUUUCACAGAGCUCUGUAAAUUGGGCUGCUUUAGCCGAGAGAGUCCCGGCUGAGCAGAGGGGAAACUUGGCGACAUUCAAAGUUAGAUCCGAUGGAUACCUGCGAAGGGUAUUGGCUAACCCCCCGGAGCCGCCCAAGAUCAACUGGGCUAUGUACAAACAGACCAUUCCCGUUGCUGGUAUGGUAGACACUUUCCAGAAGCAAUACGAAGCUCUGAAGAUCCCGUACCCAGCGGACACACAGACCGCCUUAGUGGAAGCCCAGUGGGCUGAAGUCAAGAAAGCCAUCCAGGCCUUCGUCCAAGAAUCCAACGCUAGCAUUGCCUCGUAUGAGAAGGAAAUCGCUGCCACCAAGGCUCUCCUCCCGUACGACCAGAUGACAAUGGAAGACUACAACGACGCCUUCCCCGAACAAGCUCUGGACCCCGUCAACAGGCCGACCUUCUGGCCCCACAACCCCGAGGAGCAGCCUGGCUACGUUGACCCUGACCAGCCAGCGUCGUCCCACUAAACUUUCAACUUGCGCCUUGGCUCGACAAUUACUAAAAUAUAAUGUGAUCCAGCUAUUUGCAUGAUAGUUGAAUUGUGUCUUGUCGAGGAGUCAGAAUCAGUAAUAAGUUCAG